AUGCCCGGCAAGCGCACCCAGUCCUCGAAGCGCGCCGCCACCCCUUCCUCGUCCAAGCACCGCUCGUCCACCUCGGCCCCGUCCAACCUCAAGCCCUCGCUCCUCGGCCUCAAACCGCCCGUCAAGCCGUCCAAGAAGGGCUCCGCCGCCGCGGGUCACCACAAGGCGCGCGACGCCGACGUGCGCGCCCGGCUCGACAGCGACCGCGACGCUCUGAGGGCUGCGCUCGAGGGCCCAGACAAGGACCGCCCGUCGCAGAACAAGGCGCUCGUCGAGAAGAAGGAGGCGCCCAAAGAGCUCGCGCGAGGAGGCGACUCACUCGCUCAGUCGAUGGACGAGGUCCUCGACCUGUUCAGCACGGCAUGA